ACGUAACCCAACUCUGGGUGCACCUGUUGUGUUUUCUAAAUACGAUCGUUGUGUAUUUUGAACGCAAUCAAUUUGUGUAAAGAGUAAAAAGAAUUGAAAGUGUAAAUAAAUACAGACAAUACAAAUGUUUUUUUGCUAAAAGAUAAAAAUAACAUUUAAAAUAUUUUGUAUUAUAUAGAAAUACGGGAUAUAUAUGUAGGGGAUGUAUAUAACCUAAAACAUAAAUGUAUAACAUGAGAUAAAACAUUUUGUUAAAUUUUAUUGAUUGUAUAUUGAACAAAUUAAUGAAGCUAAUAUUAUUCAAUUUCUUUGAAAUAUUUAUUAAUAUUCAUACUUAAAAUAAAAAUGGAUAAGUUAAGAAGGGCUUUAAAUGGCAAUGAACGGUGCGAUGAAGAAAGUGGUAUUAUUACCCAGGUUGAUGCAGAUUUUACGGUUAUGGAUCAAACAACAUUAAGUUGGUCUACCAGAAUAAAAGGUUUUGCGAUUUGUUUCGUCAUAGGCAUUUUAUGUUCAUUUCUUGGAUCUUUUGCCUUGUUCUUACAGAAAGGUCUUGCUGUAUUUGCUGUAUUCUAUACUUUAGGCAAUAUUAUCUCUUUGGCUAGGUAAAGUAUAAACUAUAAUUAUUAUAAAAAA